AUGAAGAUCCACGGUGUGGUAGCAUUUAAAUGUGAAAAUGUGGCAACCUUGGAUCCAAUCACUUUUGAAACACCAGAAUCUUUUAUCUCUUUGCCAAAGUGGAACGCCAAGAAAACGGGCUCGAUAUCGUUUGAUUUCCGCACCACCGAGCCGAAUGGGCUGAUACUUUUUAGCCACGGCAAACCGCGGCAUCAGAAAGAUGCUAAACACCCGCAAAUGGUCAAAGUUGACUUCUUUGCCAUUGAGAUGCUUGAUGGCCACCUCUACCUGCUGCUGGACAUGGGUUCUGGUACGAUUAAAACAAAAGCUUUGCAAAAGAAGGUGAAUGACGGUGAAUGGUACCACGUUGACUUUCAAAGAGACGGACGAUCUGGUAAGUUUGGGUUUACCCUUCUGUGUAUUGUAGACAAAAUAGCAAGGGCGUCGUGUGUUGCAAUUGCCAUUGCCAUAUAGUGACACCCUUUGACGUCAUUAUGACAGGUGCAGGUGCUUCAUCAAAAAACAGCACCCCUGAAUCUCAGUCUCUCUCCCUCCUUGGUAAUGUCUUACUGUACUCCCACAUUUCCUUGUCCCUGCAGGCAGCACCUAGUGCAAUGGAAGAUGGCCAGGGAGACUUGGAACUUGUAGCACUAGUCAUUGGCUGGAAGGAGGAAGACAAGAGAUAGAACUCCUCUUUCCAGCGACAGCCAUUUGUUUGCUGCAGAGCCUUUUUCUCUCACCCCGCUUGCAAUUGAUUUGGCUUUGGCAAUUAAUCCAAAAAGCUAUUAGUUAGAAGAAUAUGUUAGUCUGUGUUACAAUAUUUCUCCUAACAACGACAGUGCGCUCCCAAGCCAAGUUUCUGCUAAGUGUAAAAUGGAAUGUGGUGAUAUAUAACCAUUGUGCUGCAUAAUAGGACUGCAAUUUAUGACAUCACGGUGUUCUUGGAAUUCAUAGUGCGAAGGCCAAAUUGCAUGUGAUGGACGGAGCCAAGGUUCUCCUCACUGGUAGAAUGUUAAAGAAAAGGCUUUAAUAAAGAGCGGCUGAAAUAAAGGAGAGAGGAUGAAAUAAAGAGUGAAUGACUGGCAGGCAGGAGAGGAGUCUUAACACUGCCCUUCUUGAUCUUUUAUUCCCACUUAAGAUUGCCUCCCCAAAUGGCUUUUCCACUCCUAGGAGAAAACACUUGGGCUCCUUGAUUUACCCUUCUCUUCUUUUACUUUACUUUUUCCUGCCACUCUCCGUAUCUUAGAUGGUAUGUCUGCAGCUAGAACCCGUGUUCUUCAAUUUUUUAUACAGUACCUGGAAUUCUGGGGCAACAGCAGCACAGGCUUGUAUAUGACUAAAUUUCUGCUUCCUUGCCUGACUGAUCUCCUGGAGCAGACUGGGGUUUUUUGAGGCCUUGUUGUACUAGUGGGAACCUAGAAUAAGGAUUUUGACAGCCUCCCUCAGCAUUUUGACCAUACAGUGAUACCUCGGGCUAAGUACUUAAUUUGUUCCGGAGGUCUAUUCUUAACCUGAAACUGUUCUUAACCUGAAGCACCACUUUAGCUAAUGGGGCCUCCUGCUGCUGCUGUCCCACCGGAGCACGAUUUCUGUUCUCAUCCUGAAGCAAAGUUCUUAACCUGAAGCACUAUUUCUGGGUUAACAGAGUCUGUAACCUAAAGCGUAUGUAACCCGAGGUACCACUGUACUUAUACCUGAUAGAUUACAGAGAACUCUAGGGUCUGCGUCUUCUGCCGGGUAUGUACUGACCCUGGAGAAACUUCAGGUCAUAUGCUAUAGGCUUGUCCUAUCAGAAUUCCACUCUGCAAAUGCUUUGGAAGGCUUAGAUUUAAAGCCCUAUACGGCCUAGGACCCUUGUACCUACGGGACCGCCUCUCCUGGUAUGCCCCACAGAGAAACUUACGGUCCUCAAAUAAAAACAUCUUGAAGGUCCCAGGCCACAGAGAAGUUAGGCUGGCCUCAACUAGAGCCAGGGCUUUUUCGGCUGUGGCUCCGAUCUGGUGGAACACUCUGUCACAAGAGACCAGGGCCCUGCAGGACUGGACAUCUUUCCGCAGGGCCUGCAAGACAGAGCUGUUCCACCAGGCCUUUGGCCAGGGCACAGCCUGACUCCCUCCCUCGGCAAUCUUCACGGAGCUCUGGCCCAAUGGUUGCCAGUGGCUUGAAUUAAUUAAUUUUAUAAUGAAUGAUUUUAGAGUGUUGUUUAUGCUGUACUUUUGUACUGUUUUAUUGUUGUUAGCCGCCCUGAGCCCGGCUUCGGCUGGGGAGGGCGGGAUAUAAAUAAAAUUUAUUAUUAUUAUUAUUAUUAUUAUUAUUAUUAUUAUUGGAUGACUAGCCAGGAAUCUAGACAAUAACUUUAUUGUCUCCUUCCAACAAGAACAGAAUGGCAACAGAAAACUCCUGACUCUCCAUGCCCCCCCCCCCCCGCCCCUGGCAUACAACUGAGUCCAGUGCCAUCAAGUGGCUAAACUAUAUAAUGACACAAUUUAGGCUAAAUCUACAUAGCUAUAAAAAAAAAAACUCUCUGAAAAUGCUGUGCAGAAAACCGUUGUAAAGCUCACAGUUGAAAAUAUCACCCAGUUACGAUUUCAGCUCUACAGCGCCAUUCGGUGGCACAGUGUUAUAACGCAUUUAUAACACUGCAUUUUGACUAAUGUAGCUGAAUCCCUGGAUAGUAGAAUAGCAAACAAGCUUUGUUACCAAUACGGCCAUCAUAUGUUCAUCUCUUCCCCUAAUUUGGAAAAAACAUAUCAUCUCUGUAUGGGGAUAUAUGUCAAAAACAGUAGCUGUUGCAAGCUGCUUUGAAAGCUAAACACUUUGCCCUCUAGCACUGGAAAUCAUCAACGCCACACAUUUCAAAACCUUGACAGGGAACCUUCUGUGGCUUACAGUGAAAUAGCAUAUAGCUUUUAAUUACUGUGAGGCUAGCACCAAUUUCAGCGGGAUCUGACCAAAACUCUCAGAGCAUGUUUGUUCAUUUGUUUUGUAUUUCCAGGCAUCUCAAUUGGCUCACCACACCUUCUCUUCAUCCCUAUUUUUUCUUCUACUUUUGCAUUUCCUUCUCUCUGACUCUCUCUCUCUCUUACUGUGCUUCUCAUUCCUCCCACCUGCUACUUCUUCUGAGUUUGGGUCAUGGCAGGAUGCGGAGUUAGGUUUUGGGAGGAUGGGUGCUGCUGUUGUUCGUUUGCUUUCUGUUAAUAAAGCAUUGAUAAACCCCGCACGAACUCCAAAACUACAAAGAGCAUUAUAGUGCCUUUAAAGACUGUUUUUUAAAAGGAUGUUAUGGCAUGAGCUGUUGUGGGAGAGAGCCAAUAUUCUUUAAAGCACUCUGGCAAUUUUAGAUCUAAACCAUAGUUUAGUGUUGCAUGCAUGAGCUUGCUUCUCCCUUUGUCAUCUCCUGGCAUGGCUCUUUUCAACCAAACCACAGGAUUGUUUCACUCCACUCACCCUACCUAGAAACCGAGGUUAGGCUUAACAAGGUAUGGGAGAAGAAUUACAGUAUGCAACACUAAACUUUGGUUUUGUGUUAGUUCUGCUUUUGUUGAAAACGACUAAGGGAAGUUUGGGCCAUCACACCCUAGUUUUAGUAACGUCCAAAAUUUUAUUUAGUCUUUUACAGCAAAAUGAACAAACACAGCUACUUUUCUGAAAUUUGUCAGACUUCAGUUAAGAGUAUCCACGGAGAGCUGUUGCAGGCUCAAUGUUUGCACCUAACUGCGCACUUUCCUGAACUCUUUUAUGAAUUACCAAUCUGUUUCUUGCUGAUCUACGUGCUGUGUCUCUUGCGACGUUUUACUCUUGCAUAUCUCUAGCUAGCCUGAAAAUCCACUACGGAGUGGUGCCCAUAGAUAAGAAAAAGCUGUGACAUGUCUAAAUAAGAUUUCUUAAUUGCCUUAACUCUUGGUUGCUAGGUCAGCAAGCAUGUUGAAUUAUUUUUUCCCCUCCCCAUUUUGCAAUCGUUUCCGUCUUUCUGACCAUUCCAGUAAUUUGUAACAUUGUUCCACAUUACAGGAUGAAGGGACGGCUGUUCUCCUCUGCUUGAAAUUUGAUCCAUUUUAGCCAAACACUUAAAUCUUAUUUACUUCAAUACUAGAAUAACUCAGAGAACAGCUGAAUAUUCUUCGGCAACCUUUAAAUGUCACCUCAGGGCACACAAACUGCUGCAGAAUUGCUCAGUCUGAUACCACUCAGGCAAUGUCAGAAGCUCCAAGUCUGUAACAUGGUUUCUUACAUCACCACUGUUGCUGCAGGUCCCCAGAAGGGCAACACCAGAGUUGUUCCAAACGUUCAUGAAGUUUGCUAUUUUUGAUCUGAAAGCUGCCGCUUUUUGGAGGAUGAAAGGUUCUUAAACAAAGCAAAAAAACUGCUCAUCUGCUCAUUUUUCCUUGCCUAUUUACAGUUCCAGUGAUCUGCUUGAGUGCCAUUUCCCCCCCCUUUUGAAAACAAGUGUCCUCAUUGCAUGGUCCUCAGCUAUAGAGUCCAUAGUGAAAAUAGAAUCAUAGAAUUGUAAGGUAAAGGUAAAGGGACCCCUGACCAUUAGGUCCAGUCGUGGCCGACUCUGGGGUUGCGGCGCUCAUCUCACUUUAUUGGCCGACGGAGCCGGCGUACAGCUUCCGGGUCAUGUGGCCGGCAUGACUAAGCCGCUUCUGGCAAACCAGAGCAGCACAUGGAGACGCUGUUUACCUUCCUGCUGGAGCGGUACCUAUUUAUCUACUUGCACUUUGACGUGCUUUUGAACUGCUAGGUUGUCAGGAGCAGGGACCGAGCAACGGGAGCUCACCCCGUCGCGGGGAUUCGAACCGCCAACCUUCUGAUCAGCAAGUCCUAGGCUCUGUGGUUUAACCCACAGCGCCACCCGCAUCCCACUAGGCAGUGCUAUUUUUCUAGGAAAAGAAGCGCUGGAACUCACCAUGAACGCUUCCCUUGUUCUCUUAUAAUGGCAAUGGCACCCACCUGAGAGGGGCUGGAACUGAGUUCCAGUGAGUUCCAGGUGAAAAAAGCCCUGAAUGUAAGGUUAGAAAAACAGUGGGUGAAGCAUGGCCUGUGAUGGGUUUGGCCUGGAGAGACUUCUGAGGCUCAUGUAAAAAGGGCUGGAAGGCCACAUUCAACCCCCAGCCUGAGGUUCCGUAUCCCAGAAUUGUAGAGUUGAAAGAGACCCCAAGGGUCAUCAGUCUUGAAAGACCUACAUUGGUACGUUUCCAAGCACAAUUCAAAGUGUUGGUGCUGACCUUUAAAGCCCUAAACAGCCUCGGUCCAGUAUAUCUGCAGGAGCAUUUCCACCCCCAUCGUUCUGCCUGGACACUGAGGUCCAGCACUGAAGGCCUUCUAGUGGUUCCCUCACUGCAAGCCAAGUUACAGGGAACCAGGCAGAGGGCCUUCUCGAUAGUGGCGCCCGCCCUGUGAAACGCCCUCCCAUCAGAUGUCAAAGAGAACAACUACCAGACUUGUAAAAAUCAUUUGAAGGCAGCCCUGAAGGCAGCUUUUAAUGUUUGAUUUUAAUAUUUUGUUGGAGGCCGCCCAGAGUGGCUGGGGAGGCCCAGCCAGAUGGGCAGGGUAUAAAUAAUAAAUUAUUAUUAUAUUAUUAUUAUUAUUAUCUAGUCCAGCCCCCUGUAAUGAAGGAAACGCAGCUACAGAAUCCCAGAGAGAUGACCAUGGAGAUUAAAACCUCCAAAGAUGGAGCGCCCACCACCUUUCAAGGUGGUCCAUUCCACUGUCUCUGCUCUUCAUGUCAGAAAGUUCUUCCUGAUGUUUAGUUGGAAUCUCAUGUCUUGUAACGUGAAUCCAUCGGAUCAGAACCUACCCUCGGGAGAAGCAGAAAACAAGCUUUCUCUGUCUUCCAGAUAUCUAGAUGGCUAUUGUAUCACCUCUCAGUCUUCUCUUCUUCAGGCUAAACAUGCCCAGCUCCUUCAACCUCUCCUCAUAAGGCUUGGUUUCCAGACCCCUGAGCUUCUCGGUUGCCCUCUUCUCCACACACUUGCUUCUUAAGCUGAGGUGCCCAGACUCUCUGGCCUAAAAAUUAUGAUGGCACUGGCAAAUAAAUAGACAAACCCAAAUACUGCUAAGAUCUAACACUGCAUACCAGACAGGAGCUGUGCAUGUUUAGGUAAAGGUAAAGGGACCCCUGACCAUUAGUUCUAGUCGUGGCCGACUCUGGGGUUGCGGCGCUCAUCUCGCUUUAUUGGCCGAGGGAGCCAGCGUACAGCUUCUGGGUCAUGUGGCCAGCAUGACUAAGCCGCUUCUGGCAGGCCAGAGCAGUGCUCGGAAACACCGUUUACCUUCCCACCGGAGCGGUACCUAUUUAUAUACUUGCACUUUGAUGUGCUUUCGAACUGCUAGGUUGGCAGGAGCAGGGACCGAGCAACAGGAGCUCACCCCAUUGAGGGGAUUCGAACCGCCGACCUUCUGACCGGCAAGUCCUAGGCUCUGUGGUUUAACCCACAGCGCCACCCGUGUCCCUAUUGUGCAUAUUUAUCGUAGAGCAAUUGCAUACAGAUGUUUUGUAUUUGUUUACUGCUAGGUAGUUCAUCUGGGCCAAAUUCAAACCACUAGGAAGAAUCCUUCAUUUGCAGAUCUGCAGUUUAGAGAAUUUUGCAGCAGUGCUUAAUAAAGAGAAUAAGUACAGAGAAUAAGGGGGAGGGGUGUGGCAGCUGAGCUGUCUCUCCUAUCUCUGCUUUUGAAACAGAUCAUAACCGACGAGAGGAGCUUCAGAAGUACAUUUAGGCAGGGAUGUCUUGGCUGUAGUAAGGAGACUUUUGAAAACUAAAUUGCUGAGAUAAUGAACAUGAUUCAAGAUGCUCAUUAACACAUACCUAUGGGAAAUGUUCUGCUGUUGCAGUACUACCAACCUUGCAGUGAAAGCAGAGGGUGGAGGCAAAGGCAGGCGGCUGGAAUCCCAGCAAAAGCAAACUGCAAAGGCAUUUUGCUCUCUGCGGGUUUUGCAACACGCCACGUCUGCAUUAAUAACGGUGUUGUGGGGCCGGCAUGUCAUUUGAAUGUUUAGUUAAUCUCGUGGGCAUAUUUGAGAAACAACCAUGCAAGGGUUUUCCCCCUAAACCAGCUACCGUUCACCCCCUUUUGGAAAACCACCGUUACACAUCGGAACAGGAGGGGAAAGUUAUUAUUCUUGUCAAACUCCAGUUGUGCAUGGCAGUGUAAACCAGAUUGUAUCAGCGGUUUCUCGCGGCUAAGCCAGCAUUUAAGGGCUAAGGAGUCAUUGAGAUUUUGAAUUAAAGUCAGAGUUCCAGUAUAAGCGCUGGAAAUUACAGGGGUAGCAAAAGGCACAUGCCUGUCUCCGGAGUAUAUAAUUAGAGGUUUAGAGUAAUCACACUCUCACUCGGAGCAGCACUUUACAGAUAUCCAUUUCAAGCCACUGGGGUGGAGCGUGUCCCCCUCCCCACCGUCCCUUAUGCCAUCUAGGAGUUGCUGUAGUUAUUCACUGCAGUUUUAAGUAACGAAAGACGUUUAAUGGAUUGUCCUUGCUUUCUAGGGAUAAACAACCCUUUGAGUGGUUUCCAGGCUAGCUACACGCCUCUUAUUCCAGUCCUAGGGAGGGAAUGCAAUGUCAUGCGAUUAUGCUUAUUCUGUCAGCAAAAACAUUUCUGCUUGCCUGGUGGGGAUGGUAUCCCCUCUUCUCCCCUGUGUUCUGUUCUAGGGGUUCACCUGACCCCCACCAAGAGCUGAUGGGGGGCACAAAAGAGGAAAAGUGGAAGCUCCACUGCGUUAGCAGUGCUGGCUCCCUCUAGCGCAACUGUUUGGUCGAAUCUGUCCCAUAGAAUCCAAAGACACCUCUGGAGAGGUGUUUUGUGCAAGGGAUGUAGCCAGCAUGGCUGAGCUACCAGAGGGAGAGAGAAGUGACUGGGCUUCCACUACAGUUCCCCCAGUUCAAGGCCCCUGCUGUCAUACAAGUGUUUGGCUUGAGGAAGCAUUGCUCAGUGAUUUAGACCAGGGAUAGGGGAACCCUUUUCACCCUGAAGACCACAUUCCCUUCUAAGCAAGCUUCUGGAAGCCACACAUCAGUGGCAUAGUCUCCAACUUCCCUGAAAAUGGAGGGACUGUCACGAAAACCCUGAAACCAUCACGGCUUCUUUCUGUGUCGUGCAGAGUCACAAAUUCUGAAGUGGCCGUUCAGCAGUGUUUCAGCGAGUUACUGGAAGUUCAGAUCCACACAUUCCUCUAACACAUAUAAUAAGAAUAAUUUAUUAUUUAUACUCCACCCAUCUGGCUGGGCUUCCCCAGCCACUCUGGGCGGCUUCCAACAAAAUAUUAAAAUACAGUAAUGCAUCAAACAUUAAAAGCCUCCCUAAAGAGGACUGCCUUCAGAUGUCUACUAAGAGUCUGGUAGUUGUUUUUCGCUUUGACAUCUGGUGGGAGGAUGUUCCAUAGGGUGGGUGCCACUCCCGAGAAGACCCUCUGCCUGGUUCCCUGUAACUUGGCUUCUCUCAGUGAGGGAACCGACAGAAGGCCCUUGGCACUGGACCUCAGUGUCCAGGUAGAACAUGCCUCCCACUCCCUCCGCCUUGCCCACUCAAUAUGGUCCCACUUCCUGUUUUUAUAAAAACAAGAUCUGGGUCCUAAGAAAGUCCCUAAGAAAAUGGUUCACCAUUUUGCUGCUCCUCAGUCAGUCUGUUGCUGCAUCUGAGUCCCUGUCCUGGCCUUGGAAGAGGAGUAGGCACCAGGAGGGAGGGGCACUGGAAGCUGAAGGAUGGCCGAAGCCCCAGGACCACAAGGCACUGAGGUGGUGACCCUGUGUCUGUGCUGGAGGCAGAGCUGGGUGCCUGCCAGAGCCAUCUGGAAGGGGAGAAGAAGCUGCACCUCAAAGCCCAGGCCAGAGUCCCUAUUUUCAUUGGAGGCAUGUUGAAGGAUAUGCAGUGGUGGGCAAGGCCACAGAUUAAAGUAGGCGGAGUGAGCCAUGUGAAUGUUACCUUCAUGCAGUUAAGCUACUUUUGACACACAUUUCUCUCUAACCUCCAUCCAGGCAAUCAAGGACUAUUACUAGAGUUGAAGGACACAUUACAGGCAGGCAAAAAACUCUCAAGGAAGGUGCCCAUGAAGGAAGGCAGGGCCCAUGAAGGGCGCAUGGCGAUAGGGUGUGUGACUGGGGGGAGUCCUGGAGGGCCACAUUACACAUACACACAAACACCAGGAUAAGGGGACGACAAAGGAUGAGAUGGUUGGACAAUGUUCUCGAAGCUACCAGCAUGAGUUUGACCAAACUGCGGGAGGCAGUGGAAGGCAGGAGUGGCUGGCGUGCUCUGGUCUAUGGAGUCACGAAGAGUCAGACACGACUAAAUGACUAAACAACAACAACAAACAGGGCUGCCUUCAGAUGUCUUCUAAAAGUCUGCUAGUUGUUGUUCUCUUUUUCAUCUGGUGGGAGGGCGUUCCACAGCGCGGGUGCCACUACCGAGAAGGCCCUCUGCCUGGUUCCCUGGAACUUGGCUUCUCGCAGCAAGGGAACCGCCAGAAGGCCCUUGGCACUGGACCUCAGUGUCCGGGCAGAACAAUGGGGGUGGAGACGUUCCUUCAGGUAUACUGGGCCAAGGCCGUUUAGGGCUUUAAAGGUCAGCACCAACAUUUUGAAUUGUGCUCGGAAAAAUACUGGGAGCCCGUGUAGGUCUUUCAUUACCAGUGUUAUGUGGUCUCGGCGGCCGCCCUCAGUCACCAGUCUAGUUGCCGCAUUCUGGAUUAGUUGUAGUUUCCGGGUCACCUUCAAAGGUAGCCCCACAUAGAGUGCAUUGCAGUAGUCCAAGUGGGAGAUAACCAGAGCAUGCACCACUCUAGUGAGACAAUCAGUGGGCAGAUAGGGUCUCAGCCUGAGUACCAGCCUACUUGUGCCGUAGAAUCCCCUACAACCCACCUAGAAUCCUGAAUCGCCCACUAGUGGGCAGUAGGGACCGGGUUGACAAGCCCUGGUUUAGACCAUGCAGGUUUGCUAGAUCUGUGCUGAGAGGAUUAUGGGUUUGAAUCCCAUGGACUCUUUCAUAGAGGGGAAAGAGAUCCUGUUCAGAAGGAAAGCCACUGCAUAGCAGAAUGUUUACUCUGUCAGGUCCAGUUCCUGGGCAUCUUGAGGUUUUAAAAGAUGGCAGCAAGGCUAAGGUAGAAACUAGUCUUACCACCUCCUCCCUGAAAACUGUAGUAUAUUUUUGUGUUCUGCAGUCCACAGCAUGCACAAUAUGUUGUGGGAAAGGCUGCUUUGUUUUCAUUUUAUCUUUCUGCGCUUUCUUAGCAACAUAUAAAAAAGCGGAUGUUACAUGAGUGCAAAAUGUACAACAUUCCCUGGGGAGUGUGUGAAAAAGCUGCAUAUAAGAACAUACAAAGAACAUAUAUAGUUCAGGCCAUAUGGACAGUGUGUGGAUCAACGGUAAAUUAGAUCAGAGGCUCCACCUGGCACUGCAUGUUUCAUAACAUCAAAGGUUAAACAUCCCUGUUCAAACACUGGAAGAAAAUAUUUAAUUGGAUGUACCUGUGAAGGAAAACCAUGCUUCUGAAAACCAAGGAUAUCUAAGACCUUCUGCCUGCCCUUUACAUUUCCCUCUCCUUUGUAAAUAAUGCUGAUCUGUCAUAGUCUGCUGGCAAGAAGCUGAGUCGCCAAUUCAGAGUUAAUUAAAAUGUGAAACCUGGGACUCUAGAAUUAUAUGAUUUAAUGUUUUGCAGUGGCAGCUUGGCAGUUUGCAGGACCUUAGAACUGAGCUUUGUGGCACUUUGGCUUAGCAGAAUGCUAGGAACAUAAGAAGACCCUGCUGGAUCAGGCCAGUGGUCCGUCUGGUUCUGCAUUCUGUUCUCACAGUGGCCAGCCAGAUGGCUGUGGCAAACACAAGAGCAGGACCUGAGCACAAAAGCACUCUUUCUACUUGAGAAUCCUAGCAACUGGCCCUCCAGCAGUGGGUGUCGAACCUAACCACUGUUGCUAGUAGCAGCUGAUAGCCCUGUUUUUCGUAAUUUGUGAUCUAAUCUUAGGUCUUGUGAGGUCUUGCAAACAUACUUGGUUCUAGUACAGGCAGGAAGCUAUGCUUUUAGGAAGCAUGUUUUAACUGGCAACAACAUUGUUUAAACUGUGCACAUGAUAAGCAAAGUGUGGAUGGGAGGUGGCUGGUUUAAAAUUUUGAUGUCUUUUUAUUUCAAUCUGUUGUCAUGUGUGCCUAGUCUGUAGGAUGAGCAGGCAGGGUUAUAAAUUUUAAAUGAAAGGAGCCAAAAGGCAAUCGAAAGCAAAGACUGUCCGUCCACCAGUGCCCUAUAGCUCAACCAUGCAAUAUUGAUCAUAGUGUACCCCCAAGCACAGAACAGAUGCAUUAUGGAAAUGUGCUUACACAGAGCAGAUGAAUACCCAGUCUUGCGUGUAUGUUAGUGUUUAUUUAAUAUUUACACUGUUUUCAAGCUGUGCUUUACAUGUGGCGAUCAGCCAUUCCUUUUCUUGCUGCUCUGUUGGCCUGGCCUGGCCUGGCCUGCUCUCAAAAAGGAUCCCACGAUGGGGCCAAGGGGCAGGAUGGGGAUAGGGAGCAAGGCAGGCUAGUGGUUGCAGCACCAUGGACAGCUACAAGCAAGCAACUAAGGGUAAACUGAACGCUUUAUGCAUCUGACACCAUGUCGCACCUCCCAGGGUCAGGCUAUUCUCACAUCCCCUUUUGAGAAACUGGCCAUUGGAUUUCCCAUUUCUGAGAGUUCUUCGAGGUGUGUUACCUGCAAAAUUGCCAGGUUGGCAUGAGGGUGCGGACAUUAGCAACAGGUAGGAUGGCGGGGAGCACAGUGUUGUGCGGUGUGUAGUGGCAGAAGCAUCAGAGUGGCUGUGCUGCCAUGUACCACAAUGCUCCAAGCUCUCCACACCUCGACCUCUUCCUCUCAGGCAAUGACCUGAAGUGUUGAGAUGCUAAGGGGGCAAUGGAGCCCUACGCACACUGUGUCACCAGCUGCCACUAGAUGCAGGUGCCUGGUGUAGAAGGACCUGACUCAUCAAGAGGUAUGGGCUCCACAGGUCCUGCCUUGGGUGUCCCAGGCUUAAAGAGACCCUGGUGGACUGGGCUUGGACUGCCACUGGGUAGUCCUCUGAUGCUUUGGGACUUAAAUCUGCUAUAAUGGACUUGUUAUGGGCAGACCCACCACCCAAGAUGCAAAUGGUGGCUAAUGGAUUCAGAGUCUUCUCUACAGUGACACAGUCUUUGGAAGAACCUCUUUUAGAGAGGUCAAGUUAAUCCUUUCCCUCUCUGUGCCCAGGAGGAGGGUGAAAACCUACCUCCAUUGGCUCCCUUGAAAUGUAUAUUGGUUACCCUUGCUUUAUUUAUGCAGCUGUGCCCUUCUGUGCCACUGCUGUUUUCGCAGGCUGUAGGGGUGUGCAAGAAACACUUUUUUAUUUUAUUUUUUCUGGUUUUUUUUAAAAGUUCCAUUUGUUUCAUUUCCAUUUCUUGAAAUUGCAUUCACACAUUCAGUCAUUAGUUGAUUGAUAUUCCCCGAUCCAUUGAUUGAAGCAGGAGACUCAGUCAUUCCUCUGUGUGUUAUUUUUCCCAAAGAAAUGGCAUGGAGUGUAAAGGCAUGGUAUCACCACUCUGGAUCAUCAGAUAUGUCCAAUUUGAGGUCUAGAUUUAUAAGCAAACAAACAUGAAUGGGAAAAAAUUAUACAAUGCAUUCAUCUUUAAUGCAAAUUCCCUUUAAUUGAUUGCUGUAACAAUGAAUGAAGUAGUCUCCAUUUUUUUCCAUAUGUGUGUGCUUUAGAAAAGUGUGCACUGUUAUUAAACCUUUUUUAUUUCCUUGUAAUCAUUAUUCCUUCUGUGAUUAACUACAAGUGGGAUAUAAAUACAAAUAAUGAAGGGAUAGAAGAAGGUUGUUAGUGACAGUUGUGCAUUUUUUUCUCCAUUGUUAACAAACAAAACAAAACUGAACACCUUGUGUUUUAUUCCUAAACAGGUACCAUUUCCGUCAACACUAUGCGCACGCCAUAUACUGCACCUGGAGAGAGUGAGAUCUUGGACCUAGACGACGACUUGUACCUUGGAGGCUUGCCGGAAAACAAAGCAGGCCUUGUCUUUCCAACAGAGGUCUGGACAGCGCUUCUCAAUUAUGGUUAUGUGGGCUGCAUUCGGGACCUGUUUAUCGAUGGCCAAAGCAAAGACAUCCGCCAAAUGGCAGAAAUCCAGAGCACCUCUGGGGUGAAACCCUCGUGUUCGAGAGAAACAGCAAAGCCGUGCUUGAGUAAUCCCUGCAGGAACAGUGGAGCUUGCAGGGACGGCUGGAAUAGAUACGUCUGCGAUUGUUCCGGAACAGGCUAUCUGGGCAGAUCGUGUGAGAGAGGUAGGCCCAUUCAUUUACCCAUUUGGUUAGAACACGGAUUCCCUUUUCAUUCACAGACGACUUCAAAACUGUUGAGGGUCUUGAUACUGAUUGGCAGGUGAGAAACUAGCAGUGUGAUGUAGCAGCAGCUACCACUACUGUGUUGUGUUGUGAAGGCUAAUGUAGAAUUGAGGUUAAGGGAAUGGGUGGGAAGGCCCUGGUUUACAUCUCAGAGAACCAACAUGCAUACCAGGGGUUGACAACCUUCUCCGGCCCAGUGGGCACGUUUGGAAUGUUGAGGAUGCCAUGGGUGCCAGUCACACAAUGGCUGCUCUGGGGAAAUGGCGUAAUGACUGCCACAGCUCAAAAUACAGAAAAGGACAGCUGCACAAUGGUUUGGUCACUUCUUUCACCUGAUCAGAGACGUAGCAAGGUCAGGUGGUACCCGGUGCAAUUUUUUAUUUUUUAUUGUCACACCCUCCCCACUCACAUCGGCAGCUCAGGGUAGGCUUGGAAGAGACACCUCACAGGAUUCUUGGGGUGUGUGCACUUUAAAUGGGUUUGCAGCCUGAAGUGACAGACGUGAGGCAGGUGAGCUGCGCACAGGUGAGCUGCAAGCAAGCUGCCAGCCAGCUCUGUGGAGGCUCCUUUUAUUGACACAAAUAUGCAAACUCUGGCAGAUACAUUUUGGGUUGUGACCUUUACACAUCUUCCAGUCCCGAGAUUGUGGGGUAGUACAAAGUUAUUUUGGCACCUGUUUCCACUGCGUCAUUUUCCCUUUGCACAGUGUAUGACGAAGGAGACUAAAGGUCUCAGAGACAAAGGUUACAGACAGGGCACCACAGACUACUGAGACCGCAAAAGGUUAUACAGAGGGCACGGUGUUCAGACAGCUGUGGCUUUGUCUGUGAGGGGGAGUGUGCCCCGCACCCCAAGGUCACGUGUGCAGCCGGACUGAGGCUGCCUGCGGGUGGGGAGUGUCCUCCCUCCGGACCCAGCAAUCAUCCCUACAGCAGCCAAAGAAAGGCAGAGAAGCAGCAUCACCCUAAACACACACCCCUUGCUGGGUUGCAUGUGGUCUCUUUGGAGACCCUGCCCAGUGCCAGAAGGAACUCCCUGUCUCCGGCACAAUGGAGUCUCUGGGAAUACGAAGGCCGCGGCCCCCGCUCUCCCAUUUCGCUGCCCACCUGCUCAAGUCCCUCCUCGCUGCCUUACUCCAUGCUGGCACCCUCUGUUCUCACGGCAAAACAAAACAAACUCCUCCUCUUCCUUCGUCUACCUUUCUCAACCACAUCUAAAGUACUGAUCCAGCCCAGAUCCACUCACUGUGUUCUGGAGAGCGUGCACCUCUGUAUGCAAAAUAAGUUCGGGAAUCGAGGGCUUUUUUGCCCUCUCCCGGGGAUCUGUUGUCUCUCUUUGCUGUGGCUCUGUCCCUAUAGGAAGCUCAACCUUGCCAGGCUGAGCAGAAAGGAUUCCAGAGGGCAAACUCCUUCCCUCUCUCAAGUUAGGAGUUGGGGACCAUCUGGUCAUCCAACAGCCAAGAAGCAUGAUUUGUGGCAGCCCCAAAGACUUCUGCCCCAAACAACCCACCACCUUCUCAACCAACCAGUGCAACCUUUGUCUAAGGGUGGAGUUAACUACAUGGGUGCCCAGAGUGGCAGCCAUGCCAUGCACCCAGGGCAGCAGGAUGAGCCCCACAUGGUGUGCCACCCCCACCGCCUCCCCUUCCUAUGCCCCUGCACCUGAUGCGUGAGUAAAAGGCACUUACAUCAACCUUGACCAUGCUGGCUGGCAAUCACCCACAGAAAGAAGCUCUUCUGUGCUCAGAACAGAUAGGAGGGUGAGUGCCCAAUCCUGGCAUCUUGUGAAAUGUAGGCAUAUUUACAGGGAUGUGUUUGGUGUAUGAGCGGCUGAGCUGGUGCAAAUAGGAGCUGAGCAGGAAGAAGAAAUAGCCUCUCACAUACUGUGGAUUUUUUUGAGGGAAUCUUUGCUUAGACCUUUCAUGGGCACCAUAGGAGCAGGCAGAGUGGAACCCACAGUUCUUAUUCUUCUUCUUUGGUGAUCACUUGUAGCCAAGUAAGAUUGUCUUCCAUGAACAUGGUCUUAGCAGUGAGUCCGUCAGUGACUGUGGAGGCCAAUUCUGGAUCCACACCUCCUUCCACAGUGGGGACAUUGGUUUCCAGGCAAGAGCUGAUCACCGUGAGGGUUUGCCAAGUGUGCCUUCUUCUUAGCACGUUUCUCUCUUUCGUCCUGAGUUUGAGCAUCUUCAAAGUCCAUGAGGCCUUUGGUAAAGGCUUUUCUCCAACCGGAGCACUCACAGGCCAGUGUUUCCCAGUUGUCGGUGUUUAGACUACACUUUUUAAGAUUUGCCUUGAGAGAGUCUUUAAACCUCUUUUGCUGACCACCAGCAUUAUGCUUUCCAUUUUUAAGUUUGGAAUAGGGUAGUUGUUUUGGAAGAUGAUAAUCAGGCAUCCGAACAACUUGACCAGUCCAACAAAGUUGAUGUUGGAACCCACAAGUACCAUGUUGGUGACCUCUGGCAUAAUGACCAAGAAACUGAGGAAUGAAUCAGAACAUUCACUAUUUCACUAUUUUCUGACCCUUUCCCCACAUCCUACAAUAUCCUUUUUGAGGUGAGGUGAGGUGACCAAAACUAUACACAGCAAUCCAAAUAUGGUCACACCACACAUGUGUGGUAUGAUUGCAAUAUCAGCAGUUUUAAUUUUAGUCCCUUAACAAAAACUUUGUCAAAACAACAACAAACCACCUUCCUUAUAAGCUUAGCACUAGUUAAGACCGAGCCUUCCAUUUGUGCUGCUGUAAAUGAAACGUUAUUCUGCAAAGGGAGUCCUUGUUUCUUAUUUUAGAAGAUGCAAGCCUUUGGCAGAAAUCAAGUUAUUUUUGAUGCCUCCAGAUUGUUCCUAUUACUGGUGGACUGCGGCUGGCAGAGGGGGCCUAACUAGACUGUCAGAUGAAUUACAAAACUCUUCAGUUAAAUAUGCAUGGUGUACCACCCUGUGGCAAAAUCCUGCUAUUACAUAUGGGACAUUUUUCUCCUCACUGCUCCCCUCCCCAUCUGCUUAAAGAGUGCAGCAUUAUGGAAGAGAAAGAGAAGGAGGGAGAGAUAGAAACCUACAGUUUUUGAAAUCAAAAAGAACUAGGGAAUAUUUUUACAUAUCCCAGCCACUGGAGAAAGGAACAAGCAUAUGCAAAUCUACUAAAAAAACCCCACAAACCCCACCACCAUUCUUUGCAAGUUUAAUAGCAUGCUUCAGCAAAAGGAUUUUCAGUAAGUAUCUUUGACAGGGCAUGGAAUUUCUUUCUGUUUACGUUGUUUGUCAUCCCUCGCAACGUAUGGUUUGGGCAUUUCCCCCAAUAUAAUUUUCUGGAACACGGACCCUCCUCUGCUGGGACCGAUACUAAUAUGAUGUACUCACAGUGUUAUCUGGCUGCUUGUCCUACAGAAAUCAGUUGUGUGUUUAUUCAGCUUCUGGAGUAUUAUACGCUACCCAAGGGUUUUCCCUAUCUUGGGGGGUGGGGAGGGAAAGGAACAGCUUUCAAAGCAUUGCUUCGCCUCCUUCCAGUAAUAGUUGAAUCCCAAACGGUCAUGCAUUAAUAUGAUUACAGCGUUUGGGAUUCCGUAAGCUACAGCAAAGGCAGUGCUUGCCACACAGAACUAUUAUUGCUCCUACCCAUGUGCGGUUGCUGAUAAACCGUUCUCGUUUGCCAGUAGACACGACAAUUAAAAUAUUGUUCGUGCCAUUCAAAAAGGAAGCAAUUUUUUUUGGGGGGGGGGGUGUGGAAAGAAAACAUGUUCACAUCAGCAAGCAAAGCCACUUCAGGCAGCAUGUGGGGUGUGGGGGACUAUGCUGGUUUGAAUCACAAAUUUUAGAACAAUGUAGCUAAGAACUAGGGUCUGAAAUAGUUUGUCAGGUAGUGCAGGAUGGAGAUAGCACAACGCGGAGCACUCAAGAUGCUGUUGGACUCCAGUUCCCAUUGUACCUGACUGUUGGCCAUAACAGCUGCUGAGAGCUGUAGCUCAAGAGCAUUUUAUAGAUUCGUGGAAUUGUAGGGUUGGAAGGGACCACAAGAGUCAUCUAGUCCAACCCCCUGCAAUGCAGGAAUCUUUUGCCCAACAUAGGGCUUCAACCCACAACCCAGAGAUUCGGAGCCUCAUGCUCUUCGAACUGAGUGUCACCCAUUUGGAAGGCGACACCUUGGCAACUCCUGAUUUAGGGAGAACUACAGUAGAUGGUGAUUGGGACGCAGGUGGCGCUGUGGGUUAAACCACAGAGCCUAGGGCUUGCAGAUCAGAAGGUCAAUGGUUUGAAUCCCUGCGAUGGGGUGAGUUCCUGUUGCUCGGUCCCUGCUCCUGCCAACCUAGCAGUUCGAAAGCACAUCAAAGUGCAAGUAGAUAAAUAGGUACCACUCUGGCGGGAAGGUUAACGGCGUUUCCGUGUGCUGCUCUGGUUUGCCGGAAGUGGCUUAGUCAUGCUGGCCACAUGACCUGGAAGUUGUACACCGGCUCCCAAGGCCAAUAAAGCGAGAUGAGCGCCGCAACCCCAGAGUUGUCUGCGACUGGACCUAAUGGUCAGGGGUUCCUUUACCUUUACCUUUACAGUAGAUGGUAGCCAGUGUUCAUAUUUGAAAUACAGCCAGUUGCGUGCAUUAGAACCUAUUCCAGCAUUCUGUUCCCAACACUGGCCUGAUGUUCCAAGAAGGGAUGAAGGCAAUAGUAGUGCCAAAUCCACCAAUCGAAGCGGCCAAGUGGGAACAUUUGGGGUAAGAUGACCUUGUAGGUAGACUGGUCUCAAGUUGUGAAGGGCUUUAUUAAUUAAAGUUAUUCAUUUUUUAAAAAGAAUAAAAUAAAGAUAAACUCAAAGCAACUUAAAAAAAAAUAAAUGCCAAGUUACAGGGAACCAGGCAGAGGGCGGUAGUGGCACCCGCCCUGUGGAACGCCCUCCCACCAGAUGUCAAAGAGAACAACAACUACCAGAGUUUUAGAAGACAUCUGAAGGCAACCCUGUUUAGGGAAGAUUUUAAUGUUUAAUAUUUUGUUGGAAGCCACCCAGAGUGGCUGGGGAAGCCCAGCCAGAUGGGCGGGGUAUAAAUUAUUAUUAUUAUUAUUAUUAUUAUUAUUAUUAUUAUUAUUAUAUAAAAGCAACAUGAAACUAAAACAAAACAGAAAACAUCCAUCUACAAAUAAAAGGAGGUCUGACACAUCCUACCCACUAAAGGAGGCUGCAGGAUCUGAAACACCACAAGUAAAAGGCCAAAAACCUGAAAAUGAUUAAAAAAAAAUAAAAAUUGGCGUGGCACCUAAAAGUAGGCAUUGAUGGCACCUGGUGUGCUACCCCGGGGAAAGCAUUCCGUAAGUGAGGAGCCACCACUGAAAAGGCCUGUUCUGUGCACCUCCCUUGGAGAGAGCACACAGAGAAGGUCGUCAGAUGAUGAACACUGGGUUUGGGUGAGUUAAUGUGGGGAGAGACGACAUGUGAGGCAUUGAGGUCCUGAGCCGCAAAUGCAACCUUUAAACACCGAGGCCCAAUUUAGUCACCGUAACUUUGCCACCUGUGCUUUCAUUUCAGCUGAAAUGAAAUACAGAAAAUGAAAUGUGUGUUCAUCCUCACACUCAUUUGCUCAUGACCCGAAGUGGUGCCACAGGGAUCUCCCCCUUUUCAAAGAUUCAACUCUCGGAUUGCUCUCCCCUUCGUUUUUAAUGGAAAUGGGGAGGGAGCUAGCAUUCCUUCAUCGUACAAGAAUACAAGGAGCGUGAAAUAGCAAAGGGUUGGGGUGGGGGGUUUAUGUCUCAUAGUUCUGUAUCUUUGGGGUCACUCAUGCCCCCAAAUUCAUUGGUGGGUUGAAUAGCAGCAGUGUCACCCUAUGCACAACUAUUCAGAAAUUAGUCCCAUUGAGAUCAGUGGAGCUUUCUUCCAGGAAAACAUGAACAGGAUUGCAGGCUUAAUAGUCUUUGAACCUGAAGUGUUCCAUGCUUAUUUUGCCACUGUAAGCCGGAGCUGAUUAUGCCAAAAGUAAAAAACAUCAGGAUAAUCUCUGGAUGGGUUUAAUUUGUUUGUGGGAGCUGUAGCAGAUGGCAGGACAGAUGUCAUGGCAAUAUAAUUUGGCUUUUCUCUUUGAUUUUUAUUGGGGCUUGUGGUACGUGAUUGCCUUUCGGCAGUGCCUUUUGCAGGUGUAUGUUUUCAGCCAGGCAACAACAACAACACCAAAAAAGAUAAAUGUGCAAGAUGACAUUUAUCAACAGAAAUUAUAUUGGGGGGGGGGUGGCGGAGAUGCUAGGAUGCAUGAUUUUUCAGGGUUGCAUAUCUUGCAUUUACUGUCAGUAAGCAGAGAUGCUCAGGGGUGGGGGUUAUUGGGGUUUUUUUUUGUUUUGAUUAUGUAUUUUGUGGUUUUAUAUUCUGAUUUUAUCCUGUAAACCGCCCUGAGACCUGUGGGCAUAGAGCAGUAUAUAAUAAUAGUAGUAGUAGUAGUAGUAGUAGUAGUAGUAGUAAUAAUAAUAAUAAUAGUAAUAAUAAAUACUAUUCCAGCUAAGAAUAUAAAGUCCAAAAGUUUUAAGCUGGACCACUUAGUUAUAUUUCAGCAAGUUAAAAAAAAUAAUAAUUGAUUAAAGGUAUUGCAUAUUAACACUCGCCAUCUGUAACGGAGCGCGUUACUUCCGGGUUUCGCUGCUCACGCAAAAUGACAUCACGUGCAUGCGCGGCAGCUGCAAAACGUGACCCGCGCACGCACAGACACACCGUCGCACCUUGCGUUCCAUUCGGGAUGUGAACGGGGCUCCGGAAUGGCUCCCGUUCGCAUCCCAAGGUACCACUGUACUGGCACUUUUUUUUCUUUUCCAAAUGUUAAAAGUGUGGCACUUUCUGUAACAGCUUCAUGGGGAGUACCAGCACUUCCCCCCCUGCAAAAAAGCACUGAUUAAGUCAACGUACACAAACUCUUCUGGGUAAUCUUAAAGUGUUAAACUGGGUAGUAGAAAGUGCAUUAUAUUGUUAGUAAGCAAAAACGAUCAUUCAUUGUUGUGACAGACUGUGAUUAUGUUUUGCUUCCCAUUUCCCAUUGGACAAUAGCCUUAUUAUUAUUAAAACAUGCCUUCAUCAAUUAAAGCUGAUCCCAAAGCUUUAGGAGGCAACCCCCACUGCACAGAAUUAGAUCUCAGUAGGGGCCUGCAAAAGCUGGUUACCGGCCAAGCUCAAUGAAAUCCAGCACCCAUAGGAAGCUGCCUUAUCCUGAGUUAGCUCAUUGUUCCAUCUAGCUUAGUUUUGCCCACACUGGCUGGCAGUGACUCUCAAGGAUUUCAGGCAGGAUUCUUGGCACAAGGGAGUGGACAUGGAACGUUUUGCUUGCAAAACAGAUGCUGUCCCGCUGAGCUAUGUGUGUGUUCCAAGGGGCCUGACGUGACAAACUUUGCAAAGCAGCAAAACCAGGAGGGGUUUUUUUGUGUGUGAGAGAGAGAACCUGUUGGGUGGGUCAUCCUGGCCAAUUGGUGAGUUUAAUGUCGUGCAGAAACACACUGGGGAAUACAGUGGUACCUCAGGUUAAGUACUUAAUUCAUUCCAGACGCCCGUACUUAACUUGAAACUGUUCUUAACCUGAAGCACCACUUUAGCUAAUGGGGCCUCCCGCUGCCGCCGUGCCACUGGAGCACGAUUUUUGUUCUCAUCUUGAAGCAAAGUUCUUAACCUGAAGCACUGUUUCUGGGUUAGCAGAGUCUGUAACCUGAAGCAUAUAUAACCUGAAGUGUAUGUAACCCGAGGUACCACUGUAACAGGAUUGUGAGUAUUGCUUGUUUAUGUUCUUCCAUGCACUAGCAAUAAAUUUCUCCAUUUCACACCAACUGCUGGAUAACCCCUUUAUUAUUUACUUUUCAGAGGGACCGCCCUAAAACUUAUUGUCCUGGCUCUCUCCCCCUGCCCCCUCCUGCAGCCCCCUAGAUACAGCUGCCCCCUGGUGUUGUUUAAUAAAACCAUUUCCUCUCUGUGCACGGUUGCAUUCCCUAUGCGGAAACGAUAGUAUAAUUCCUUGCCCUAGAGGCCGUGAUUCUGCUUAAUGAGCAGCGUAUUAUGAAGCAUUUCUUCCAGUUGUUUGGAGCAUAAACUUCUGCUCCAGCGGUGUUUAGUGUAUACCAGUCUCCCUGGAACAGUAACCAGACUGCAGGGGAGGGCAGAAAAAAAGGGAAAAAAUGCUUCUAAUGUACAUUCCACAAUAGGCAACUCAGUCAGAAGAGAUGCUACCCCAAGAAAUAAAUGUUCAGAAGUCUAACGAUUGCUGCACCAAAAUGCCCAACAUGUAUUGUAUCUGACGAAGUGUGCAUGCACACGAAAGCUCACACCAAUAACAAACUUAGUUGGUCUCUAAGGUGCUACUGGAAUGAUUUUUAUUAUUAUUAUGUAUUGUGUUGCCCCAGUGUCAGUGGCCAUACUGGGAUACAAUACUUGUCCUACAAGGGACGCGGGUGGCACUGUGGUCUAAACGGCUGAGCCUCUUGGGCUUGCCAAUUGGAAGAUAGGCGGUUUGAAUCCCCACAACAGAGUGAGCUCCUGUUGCUCUGUCCUAGCUCCUGCCAACCUAGCAGUUCGAAAGCAUGCCAGUGCAAGUAGAUAAAUAGGUACCACUGUAGUGGGGAAGGUAAACGGCGUGUCUGUGCACUCUGGUUUCCAUCACGGUGUUUAGUCAUGCUGGUUUAGUCAUGCUAGUGUUUAGUCAUGCUGGGUUUAGUCAUGCUGGCCACCUGACCCAGAAAGCUGUCUGUAGACAAAUGCCGGCUCCCUUGGCCUGAAAGUGAGAUGAGCACCGCAACCCCAUAGUUGCCUUUGACUGGACUUAACCGUCCAGGGGGCCUUUACCUUUACCUUACUUGUCCUACCCCAGGCUUCCUCAACCUUGGCCCUCUAGAUGUUUUUGGCUUACAACUCCCAUGAUCCCUAGCUAGCAGAACCAGUGGUCAGGGAUGAUGGGAACUGUAGUCUCAAAACAUUUGGAGGGCCAAGGUUGAGGAAGCCUGUCCUACACUAUAAGAUGCAAUGUGGUACAGUGUUCGUCUUGGGCAGCAGGGGCUAUUGUGUAUAUAGUUUUCACUCAGGUCCACUAAAGUUAAUUUAGGCAGGAAACCCUGGGUUGCUGUUACGAUGUUGACAGCCGGCUGCCUAUAAAAGCAGGUCGGCUGAGCUGUUUGCAGUUCAGUUCAGUUCCAGCUUACUAUAAAGAACCACUUGGAGAAAUCUCUGUCAUCUGCUAUGUCCACUCACAACUUAAUACCUCAGGUGCCAAAAUGUCUUGGGCUGGCCCUGCUUGACUCAGCAGUUUUUUUGACGAUGCGACUCAUGGCAUUCGCUUGCAUUCAGAAACACAAGCUUGUAAUUCCUUCACAAUCUUCCCUCUUGUCCGUUUUCAGAGGCAACCGUUUUAAGCUACGACGGAAGCAUGUUUAUGAAAAUACAACUCCCCGUGGUGAUGCACACCGAGGCAGAAGACGUGUCCUUGCGGUUCAGGUCUCAGAGAGCUUACGGCAUUCUAAUGGCCACCACUUCGAGGGAAUCUGCUGACACACUGCGUUUGGAACUGGAUGCAGGACGAGUUAAGCUAACAGUCAACCUAGGUAACGUCCCUCCCCGACUCCUACCCUGA